AUGUUGUUUUUUAUUAAGAGCAAAGAAAAAGAAGAAAUAAUAGUAUCUGCGGAACCAGUUAUUGGAGGUCAUAAAAAAGGAAUUGUGUUUUUGAAACAUUCCCCUAUCAAAAUCACCACAGAUAAUUAUGUAGAAUCUCUAUUUUAUGAGGAUGUUUUUGCUGAUCCUCUUUUAAAUUUACAAAGAAUUGUGGAAGGAGUUUAUCUUCCUCUCCUUCAAUCACCAAAGAAUCAAAAAGGAUGGCCAAAUGUAGUGGCUCAAGAUUUGAUAAGACAAUUCCAUCGAUUUACAGGAAUGUUAGAUUUAUUUAUUGGACAUACUAGAGGAUCUGUAGUUUUACCAAUGCCACCCGUUGAUGAAACAGUGGAAACGGCUUCUCAAGAUAGAUCCCUUGUUCAUGCUUUUGAAACUUCAGUAAUAGAUUGGAGUAAGGAAACAAGGAAAGUAAUAGAGUUGGAUUCUGAUAAAAUAUUGGAUGAAUUGGAAAAGGAAGAAAAAUAUCAAGGACCUCUUUUUGAAAUUGAUUUUUGGCAAGCAAAGAAAACAAAAUUGACUGAUCUUGCUCAUCAAUUAUCAAAUGACAGAGUGAAAAUGGUGAUUUCAACAUUAGAAAAAACUCAAAGUUCAUAUGUUACCGGAUUCAAGAAAAUGUUGGAUGAUUUAAAUUUUGCAUUGGAUGAAUCUGAAACAAUUUCCAAAUAUUUCGAACCUCUAAGAAAGUAUUUCCAAGAUUUGAAUGAUUCAACAAUAUCAGUUUCUGAUCUUGGAGAAGUUUUUAAACCAAUUCUACAUUUAAUUUCAUUGAUGUGGAGAAAGUGCGAGUAUUUCAACACAGGUCAUUUAUAUGUUCUCAUAAGAGAGAUUUGUAAUGAUAUUGUUACUAGAAUUUAUAAUUAUAUUGAACCAUCAGAGCUAUGGACUAAUCCUAUGAAAGUUGUUGCAGAAAAACUUCAAAUUUCAUUUAAUGGAUGUGAAGAAUUCAAAGUAUUAUUUUUCCAAUAUAGGGAUAUUGUAAAUAGAACUAAUCCUCAAAAAACUUGGAAAUUUGAAAGUUCUAAGGUUUUUACUAGGUUGAACUUAUUUAUCGAGAGAUUACACGAUUUAAGAACAAUUGCUUUGUAUAUAGAUGAUUUCUUAUCACUCGAUAAAUUUGAUAUUGGUGGUGUGAAUGGAGCAGAAUUAACUGGUAUGAUGUCUCAACUAUUUGAAGAAUUUGUAGAUCAACAACAAAAGAUUCAAAACGUUAGUUAUGAUGUACUUGAUUUGAAAGAGGAACAAUUUGAGAGAGAUUUUUACAAAUUCUGUGAUGCUAUUAAUGACUUUGAUAAGAGAAUUUGCUUCAUGAUUAAUAAGGCAUUACAAUUGAAUACUGGAUUCAAGUUUACUUUUAAACUUUUAGAAAGCUUUGAGUCUCAAGCAAGAAGAGAAAAAAUCAGGCAAGAAAUUGAGGGUAAAAUUUCCAACAUGUUAUCGGUAUAUUCAGAGGAAAUAACAAAAGUGUCAACAAUAUUUAACAAGAACAAAGAAAAUCCUCCUUUAUUAGAUAACUUCCCAAAGGUUUCUGGAGCUAUUGCUUGGUGUUAUUCACUGAGAGAAAGAGUAACAUGGCCAUUAGAAAAAUUUAAAGAGCAACCUUUUCUAACCACCAGCUCUGAAUUACAAGAUAUCAUCCAAAGACAUGAGAAACUGAUGGCUCAGAUGAAAAAAUAUGAGGAUGAGAUUUUCAAUUCUUGGAAGGAGCAGCUUAAUGUAAAUAGUUUAUCCCAUCUCAAUGAUAAUAUUAUUUCCAGAAUGCCAGAUAAAAGAUUGGUGGUUAACUUUAAUCCAGAACUGAGUUUCUGUAUUCAAGAAGUAGAACAUUUGAAACCUUAUGCAAACGCAGUUCCAGAAGAGGCGAUUGCACUCUUUGAAAAAGGGGAUAUUUACAGAGCUAAAGUCGCAACAAUGGAUCUUAUGGUUCGUCAGUACAACACUGUAAUUCAAACAUUGAUAGAUGUAGAAAAGCCUCUUUUGGCCGAUAGAUUAACCACUGUAGAUAACAUUUUGGUGGAGUCUACUGAAAAAUUAACGUGGCAAAGCGAUAUUGAUAAUUUUAUAUUACAAUCUAGGGAAAAUGUGAGAGACAUUUACAAUAGAACAAACUUCCUUAAAGGGAAUGUUAAAACAAUCGAAAAAAUGGUUGAGAGCUGGAUGACUAUUUCUAAUUUAAUAAUUACUGAUAACUCUGGUAUUGAGGAGAUGAAAGAGAAAAAGGCCAGCAAAAUAUUUGAUAUGGUUGGAUUUUGGAGACAAUCUACUGACUCCAAUCCAACUUUCAAAGUCUAUUCUCAAUGGAAGUCAAAAGUCUCAGCCAAUAUCAAAAAGUUGAGUGAUGUUAUUAUCCAAAAGGAAUGGAAUAAUUAUUGGAGAAAUUAUGUUCUCUUUGUAAAUAGUAUUAUUGAAAAGGGAGUAUUUAAUGCUGUAAGAGAAGGAUUGACAUUUUUAAUUAACUCAUUCUCAGGAAAAAAUGAUAUGAUUGCUUUGAACUCCAAAACACUGAGUAAUAUCUUCAUAACUGUCAAACUAGAACUCUAUUCUAAUGAUGCUGUAUUCACCCCAAACUUGAUUGAGAGUACAAACAGUGUUCAUAAUAGUGUAAAAAUUUGGGUCAGUAGAGUCAUUGGCUUAGCAUCCAUGGUAAAGAGAUUAGAUGAAGUUACAACUUUCGAAAAGGUCAUCAAAGACGAUGAAAACAUCAAUGGUUUGAGGCAAAAAGUGUUCUCGUUAAUGGGCAAUACCAUAAAUGAUAUGAAUGAUCUCAGAGAAAAGUUCUGUGAGUUCUCUCAUCUUUGGGAAGAAGAUCCUAGGGAGUAUCUGGCCAGAUUCAUCAAGAGUGGUGGUGAUGAUGUUAGAUUUAACAGUGAUAGUGAAGUUUCUGAUGGAGAGAAUGAAGAUGACGAAGAAGAGCAGGAAAACGUAGUGGCAUCUCUUGAAGAAUUUGAAAUGCAAAUCCUAAAAUAUGAGAAAAUUGUGUUAGAGAUUGCAGAUCUUCCAGAUAAGGCUUCAUUUGGUUGGUUGAUCGUAGAUUCAUCUCCAAUUAAGACAGCUCUAUCUAAUUUGGCUAGCAAAUGGCGUUUUACAUUCCUUGAUCAUUUGUUAUCUGAUGUAAGAUCAACUUUGCACGAAUUUAACUCGUUUGUCAAGGAAUUAAAGGAAGGUUUAUGCCAACCUAUUCCAAAAGAUGACUACCCAAAGCUUGUAGAAAUGAUGAGAUAUAUUGUAAGAUUUAAAGAAAGACCUGAACAUAAGCAAAAAGAUGGACUCUUUGAUAACUUGAGAGAGACUGUUCAAUUAUUGAAGAAGUGUAGUAUUGUGGUCCCACAGGAAAUUAUUCUUGACCUAGACGAUGCUAAAAACAAGUGGAGUGACUUGUCUAAGGUUUAUUUUGAAGUUAAAGAUAAACUCUCUGUUGUCCAAGAUGAAGAGAUUAAAAAGAUUUCAAAGGAGGAGAUUGUAUUUGCCAAUGUUUCAGAAAAGUUGAGAGAGGACUUUGUUAAGGAUGCUCCUUUCUACUAUUCUAUUGGUGUUGAUGCUGCCUACGAAAGAAUUGAUGAGGUUCAUGAACGUAUUUUGGUAGUAGAAGAAAAUAUGAGAGAGCUCCGAGAUAGACAAAAGUUAUUUGGCCUCAUGCAAAACCAAGGUAAAUUGGUAAGAGAAUCAAGGGCAGAGUUGAGACUUUUAAAGAGAGUCUGGGAUUUAGUGGCCCUAGUUCAAUCCCAAAUAGAUGAAUGGAAAUCUAUUCCUUUCCUUAAAAUCAAUGACGAAGAGCUAACAGAAGAAACAAAGAAAUUUAUCACCGAAUUGAAAUCUGUAGAUAAGAGAGUCAAGAGAUGGGAAGUUUUCAUUGGGCUUCAAAAUUAUGUAGAUAAUUUCAUGAUUACCCUUCCUUUGAUCCAAAAGUUGAGAAACCCAGGUAUGAGAAGUAGACAUUGGAAGCAACUUAUGGAAAAAUCAAAGGUUGACUUUACUGUUACAGAAAAAUUUUCCUUAUCAGAUUUAUUGUCUUUGAAUUUACACAAAUAUCAAGAUGAUGUUAACGAAAUCGUAGAUAAAUCAGAAAAAGAAAUGAAAAUGGAGAAGCAACUCAAGGACUUGGAUGCACUGUGGAGCGAUCUCAAGUUUGAUUUCACUGUUCACACUAAUGGUGUAGAAAUAGUUAAAGUUAGUGAAGAAGUAAGGGAAAGUCUUGAAGAUAACCAAUUACAAUUGCAAUCCAGUAGUUCUAGUAGAUUUGUUGAGUUUUUCAUAGAAGAAAUUGAAGAAUGGUUGAGAAAGCUUGGAAAAGUUGAUACAGUUAUCAAUGGUCUUCUUGACGUUCAAAGAAAAUGGCUCUACCUGGAGAAUAUUUUCAUCGGUACUGAUGAUAUUCGUCAACAAUUACCUAAUGAUGCCAAAAAUUUUGAUGCAGUAGAUCGUGAAUUGAAACUUAUUCUAACUGAGGCAAAGAAGGUCAUGAAUAUUGUUUCCUUCUGUUCUUCUCCUGGAUUGGAGGAAAAAAUAGUUGUGUUACAAGAUAGUUUAACUUCUUGUGAGCACCAACUUUCCAAAUAUUUGGAAACAAAGAAGAAAGCUUUCCCAAGAUUUUACUUCACUUCAGAGUCUGAUUUAUUAGAUAUCUUAAGUAAGGGUGGACAAUCUCCACAUAAAAUCUUAAAGCACAUGCCUAAACUCAUUCAGGCUGUUAAAACUCUAAAGUUCAGAGUUGAUGAUAACGGAAAUCAAACAAAUGAAGUGAUUGCCAUAGUCAGUAGAGAGGAUGAAGAAGUGAGUUUGACACAUCCAUGCAUUCUUCAAGGAAAAGUAGAGGAUUAUCUGAAUGAUCUUUUGAAAGCUAUUUCUAGGACACUAAGGGAUAUUCUCUCUGAAGCUAUGUUAACAUAUUCAAGUGCCAAUAGAGAAGAAUGGCUUUCAGGUUAUGCUUCGCAAGUUAUUUUAGUUACAUCUCAAAUUUACUGGACAUUAGAAGUUAACCAAGCUUUUGAAGCUUUGGAAGAAAAUAACGAAGCAGCUAUGAAAAAUUAUUAUAAGAAACAAGUUAAUCAGUUAAACAAACUUAUUUCCCUUGUUCAAAAUGAUUUAGAAAAGGGAGAAAGACAAAAGAUUAUGAAUUUGGUUACUCUUGAUGUUCACGCGAGAGAUAUUGUGGAUAUGCUCAUCAAUGAGAAUAUUACCUCUGCUCAAGAUUUUGGUUGGCAAUGUCAACUCAGACAAAGAUGGGAUGCAGAGCACCAGGAUUGUAUUAUUGAUAUUUGCGAUGCUACUUUUAAGUACGGCUAUGAAUAUUUGGGUAAUGGUCCUAGACUAGUGAUUACACCUCUUACAGAUCGUAUUUACAUCACACUUACCCAAAGUUUGCACUUGAUUAUGGGCGGUGCUCCUGCUGGUCCUGCUGGUACAGGUAAAACGGAAACUACAAAAGAUUUGGGUUCUCAAUUGGGUAAAUCAGUUUAUGUUUUCAAUUGUUCUGACCAAAUGAAUAAUGAGAGUUUAGCAGACAUUUUCAAAGGAUUAGCAUCAAGUGGUGCUUGGGGAUGUUUUGACGAAUUCAAUCGUAUUGCUGUAGAAGUUUUGUCUGUAGUCUCAACUCAGUUCAAGAGUAUUUUGAAUGCAAUCAGAGCAAAGAAGGACAAGUUCAUGUUUGAAGGAGAAGAAAUCACUCUUGAUAGAACAAACGGUGUUUUCAUUACUAUGAAUCCUGGUUACUUGGGAAGAACAGAGCUUCCAGAAUCUUUGAAAGCAUUGUUUAGACCAGUUACAGUUGUGGUACCUGAUCUCGAAUUGAUUUGUGAAAAUAUGCUUAUGGCUGAAGGCUUCAAGGAAGCAAAGGUGUUGGCCAAAAAGUUUAUUACUUUGUACAGUUUGAACAAAGACUUACUUUCAAAACAAGAUCACUAUGAUUGGGGUUUAAGAGCAAUUAAAUCUGUACUUGUAGUUGCUGGUUCUCUGAAAAGAGCUGAACCAAGCAUGCCAGAAACUCACGUAUUGAUGAGAGCUUUAAGAGAUUUCAAUCUUCCAAAAAUUGUUCAAGACGAUUUGGAAGUUUUCACUGGUUUAAUCAAUGACUUAUUCCCUGGAAUUGAUCCUCCAAGAAAAGUUGAUCUUGACUUUGAAGGAAUAGCUGCAGAAGAAAUAACUGCUCUCAAACUUCAACCAGAAGACAGUUUAAUUUUGAAGGUUGUCCAAUUAGCAGAGUUAUUGGAGGUCAGACACAGUGUCUUUAUUAUUGGUCCUGCAGGAAGUGGUAAAUCAGUAUGUUGGAAAUCAUUAGCUGCAGCAAAGAAGAGAAGAAAUGAAAAGGUUCUUGUCAGAUUUUUGGAUCCUAAGGCAAUUACCUCUCAUGAACUUUAUGGUUACAAGAGUGAACAAGCCGACGAAUGGAAAGAUGGUUUAUUGAGUAGUAUUAUGAAAAAUUUAUCUGAAAGAGAAGAUACUGAUCCUAAAUGGAUUAUUUUGGACGGUGACUUGGAUACUGAGUGGAUUGAAUCAAUGAACUCUGUCAUGGACGACAAUAGAAUUUUGACAUUGGCCAAUAAUGAUCGUAUCCCACUCCUUUCUCACAUGCGGUUAGUGUUUGAAAUUUCUCAUCUUAAGUAUGCCACACCAGCCACCGUAUCUAGAGCAGGUAUUUUAUAUAUUGGAGAAAAGGAUAUAGGAUGGCAACCAUAUGUUGCAUCUUGGAUAGAUCAAAGGCCACAGGCUGAAAGGGCUCAUUUACUCAUCUUGGUUGAUAAGUAUAUUCCUGAAACUUUAAGAUUUGUAAAAGCAAACUUUAAGCACCUUAUUCCAUUAACCGACUUCCAUCUCAUUCAUAGUUUAUUCCAAAUAUUGGAAAGUCUCUUUGCUAAAAAUCCAACCCAAGGCGAGAAGGAAGUAAUGGAGAAUUUCUUUGCAUUUGCUACAAUAUUCUCCUUCAUGGGUGCCAUAUCUGACACUGAAAAGAAAACCAACAAAAUGCUUUUUGAUAAGUGGUGGAGAUCUACAUACAAGUCGAUCAAGUUCCCAGAUGAUUUACUUGUGUUUGAUUGCUACUAUAAUCCAAAGACCAAAUUAAUGGAACCUUGGAGGGAGAUUAUGCCAAAUUAUGAAUAUGAUGCUGAUAUUCCUGUUCCUCAAAUUAUGGUCCCAACAGAAGAGACUACAUGUAUUAGAUAUUUGAUGGAUCAUAUUGUUGAUAUUGGUAAACCUUUGAUGCUUGUUGCUAAUGCAGGUGUUGGUAAAACACAAUUAAUUUCAGACAAGUUAAAUAACUUGGAUAUCCUUAACUUUGCCUCAACCUCGAUCAGUUUCAAUUAUUAUACUGACUCUGAGUCUUUACAAAAGUUUUUGGAAGGUUCUCUUGAAUCAAAGGGUGGUAAGAGGUUGGGACCACCAGGCAAUAAGAAGAUGAUUUUCUUCAUUGAUGAUUUCAACAUGCCAAGAGUUGACGCUUAUGGAACUCAAACACCUAUUGCAUUGUUGCGCCAACACCUUGAUUAUGGUUGUUGGUAUGAAAGAGCAAAAUGGAAUUUAAAAGAAAUUAUCAAAGUUCAAUAUAUUGCAUCUAUGAAUCCUACAGCUGGUAGUUUUACCGUUAAUCCAAGGCUGCAAAGACACUUUGUUACCUUGGGUAUCAACUUCCCUUCAAGGGCUAGUUUACAAAAGAUUUAUGGCUCUAUUUUAGCAGGUCAUUUAAAACGAUUCCCGUUAGAAUUAGCAUCUGUUUGUAAUAAUGUAGUGAAUGGUACUCUAGACUUACAUGAAAAGGUUGUAAACUUAUUCCCAAAGACUGCAAACAAAUUCCACUACGAGUUUAAUCUCAGACAAUUAUCUAGUGUAUUCGAAGGACUGUUAAGAAGUGAGGUGAACGAAUUCAAGGAACCAAAACUUGGAAACCUCAAAUUCGCAAGAUUACUCACUCACGAGAUUAACAGAGUUUAUGGUGAUAGGCUGUCCUCAAAGGAUGACUUGAUAAUAUUCGAAAAGGAACUCAAGAACAUUGUGAAUGACAAGUUCCCAGAGUUUGGAGGUGAAGCAAUUAUUAGUAAGCCUCUAGUGUUUUCUCAUUUUGUUUCUGGUGGAGAUGGUGCUUAUGACCAAUUCACAAGUACGGAAAGUGUAAGAAAGGUAUUGGAAGAGGCUCUAAAGAGACAUAAUCUUACAAAGACCAACAUGGACCUUGUACUCUUUGAGGAUGCUCUUGAACAUGUAUGCAGAAUUAAUCGUAUCAUCAAGGGUGCUAAUGGUAACGCUCUCUUAGUUGGUGUUGGUGGUAGUGGUAAGCAAAGUCUUUCAAGACUUGCUGCCUUUGUGGGCGAUUUUGAAGUUUGUAAAAUUGUCAUUACAAAAGAUUAUGGUGUCAAUAACCUCAAGGAAGAUCUUAAAAAUAUGUACAAGAAGGCUGGUAAGAACCAAAAAUUGGUAUUCUUACUCAAUGAUAACCAAAUUGUUGAUGAGAAAUUCCUUGUUUAUAUUAACGAUUUAUUAUCAACAGGUAAUAUUCCUGAUUUAUUUGCUGCAGACGAGAAGGAAGAAAUAGCAAACUCUCUUAGAACUGAAGUCAAAUCUGCUGGUAUUUUUGAUAUUUCAAAAGAAAGCUGUUGGAAGUUCUUCAUUAAUAAGGUUAGAAGAAACUUACAUGUUGUUUUAUGUUUCUCACCUGUUGGAGAAAGUUUACGUAUUAGAAGUAGAAACUUCCCAGCUAUCAUCAACUGUACUCAAAUCGAUUUCUUCUUCCCUUGGCCAAAAGAAGCCUUAUUGAGCGUUGCUGAUAAGUUCUUGAAACCUGAAAUGCCAAUUACUGGAGAACACCAUCCAUCAAUUGUAAAAGCAAUGGCAUUCACUCAUGAAAAAGUCAAUGAAUUUAGCUCUAGAUUCCUCAACGAACUUGGUAGAUAUACCUAUACUACUCCAAAGAGCUAUCUUGAAUUCUUGAAACUGUACAAAUCUCUUCUUUACAAAAAGAGAGAGCUUAUCAAGGGUUUAAUUGAUAGAUUGAGCCAAGGUAUUCAAAAAUUGAGGGAUACCACCAUGAACGUAACCAAAUUACAAAAACAAUUGGAAACGCAAGAAAAGGAGGUCAAGGAAAGAGAAAUAGCAGCCGAUAUUAUCUUGGAGAAAGUUAAAAAGGAAAGAACAGUUGUGGAAGCAGAAAACAAAAAAGCUCUCACAGAAGAAAAAUUCGCCCAAGAAAUCAACCAACAAGUUGCUCAACAAACAGCAGAGUGUGAGGGAGAAGUUGAAAAAGCCAAACCAAUCCUUGAAAAAGCAGAAUUGGCUCUUCAAACUCUUAACAAGACUGAAUUGACAGAACUUAGGUCCUUCAGAACUCCAAACGUCAAUGUACUUCUUGUAUUCCAAGCUGUGCUUAUUUUACUAAGUACAAAGUCUGGUGUAACAAAAGAUUUGAGUUGGUCUGCAGCUCAGAAGGCUAUGGCUCGUGGUUCUGAUAAGUUCUUGGCUGUAUUGGAAGCAUAUGAUUCCAAGAAUAUCUAUCCUCACAUCCUUACCGCUAUCCAACCGUUCAUGGAUAAUCCUAAAUUCACAGGUGAGGAAAUCAGAAAACAUUCAUCAGCUUCUGGAGGUUUAUGUGAAUGGGUCAGAAACACUAUUGAAUAUAAUAAGACAUUCGUAGCAGUGAAGCCAAUGUUUGACAGCUUGGAAAAAUCCAAACUUGAAAAGGCAGCAGCAGAAGAAAAAUUGGCUAAAGUAAGAAAAACAGUAGCUAAAUUGAAUAAGCAGUUAAAGAAGAUUGAAGGUGAUUAUCAAGCAGCAGAAGAUGAAAAGAAUGCCGCUCUUGACAUUGCUAAAAAGACUCAAGAAAAAUUGGACUUGGCUCAACGUUUUGUUCGUGCUUUGUCAUCUGAAAAUGCUCGUUGGUUGGAGGAAAUUCAAAAACUACAAACUCUUAACAAUGUAUUAAUAGGAGAUGUACUUCUUGCGUCUGCCUUUAUUUCAUAUGCUGGUAGUUUUGAUAUGAGAUUUAGAACAGAGCUCACAGAAGCAUGGAAACAAGAAAUUAUUGGAGAGUUAAAGAUUCCAACUUCUGAAAAUCUUAAUUUGUUAGAAGUUAUGACUGAUGAUGCUGAAAUAGCUAAGUGGGGUAAUCAAAAACUUCCAUCAGACAAAACAAGUAUUGAAAACGGCUGUAUUUUAUUGAAUUGUGAAAGAUGGCCUCUGGUUGUAGAUCCUCAGCUCCAAGCCAUUACAUGGAUUAAGAACCAUUACAAAGAUUUAAUAAUACUGAGAUUAGAACAACCAGAUAUCAUUGAAAAAAUGGAACGAGCCAUUCAAAAAGGCCAAACAGUUUUGAUUGAGAACAUCAAAGAGACCAUUGAUGCUGUCUUGUCACCAGUUAUUGGCAGAAAUAUUAUUCAAAGCGGUUCUUCGAAACUUAUCAAACUGGGAAAUAACGAAAUAGACUAUCACGAAAAUUUUAAACUUAUUCUCCAUACAAAACUUAAUAACCCUCACUACAAUCCAGAAAUUCAAGCAGAAACAACCCUCAUCAACUUCUCUGUCACAGAAGAAGGCUUAGAGGAACAAUUACUUGCCCUUGUUGUCCAAAAAGAAAGAUCUGACCUCGAAGAGAAGAAAUCAGAACUCAACACCAAGAAGAAUGAAUUCAAGAUUAAACUGAAAGAAUUGGAAGAUAACUUGCUAGAAAAUCUUAAGUACAAAGGUGAUUUGCUUGGAAAUGUUGAACUAAUUACAGGUUUAGAAAACACAAAGAAAACAAGUGAAGAAAUCAAGAUUCAAGUUUUAGAAUCUAUUGAAACAGAAAAGGAUAUCAAUGCUGCAAGAGAAAAUUACAGAAAAGUUGCUAAGAGAGGAGCUAUUCUUUAUUUCCUUUUGGACCAACUUCAACUUGUAGAACAUAUGUACAAAUAUUCUUUAGCAGCUUUCAAUGUUGUUUUCAACAGAGCAAUUACUAAAACAGAAAAAGUUGAAAAUGAGGACCUAUUUGUGAGAAUUGGCAAACUCAUUGACUCUAUUACUUAUGCUUGCUAUGAAUACACUGAACGUGGUUUGUUUGAAAGACACAAACUCAUUUUCAUGACCAACCUUUGCUUCACUAUCCAUAGAGACAUAUUUAAACCAGAGCAUUUGAAUUUCCUCAUUAAUUGUCCAGCAGAUCCAAACACUCCAAAGGAAAAUCCAUUUGCUGACUGGCUUUCUGAAUCUUGUUUCAAGGCAAUUUACAAAUUAAGUCAAUUAGAAGGUUUUGAAAAGUUAUAUGACGAUAUCUACAACUCAGGUAAGCGUUGGAAGCAAUGGUCAAUGCUUGAAGCCCCUGAAAAAGAAGGUUUACCACAAGAUUGGAAGAAGAAGACAAACUUUGAGAAGUUGUUAAUUAUUAGAGCUUUAAGACCAGACAGAAUUACACAGGCAUUGAAGGAAUUUGUUGGUGAGAUUAUGGGUGAUAAGUUUGUUCAGUCCAUUCCAUUCUCUCUUGAUAAGAUAUUUGCCGAGUCGAGACCUAACACUCCUCUCUUCUUCAUUCUCUUCCCUGGUGCUGAUCCAAUCAAGAAUAUUGAAGCUUUGGGUAAAAGACUUGGUUUCUCUGAAGAAAAUGACAAGUUUGUAAACAUUUCUAUGGGUAAAGGUCAAGAAGAACAUGCAGAAAAGACAUUACGUAAAUCCUAUGAAAUUGGUGGAUGGGUGGUGUUGCAAAACAUUCACUUGAUGCAGAAAUGGUUGCCAACUCUUGAACGUACUCUUGAAAAGCUUUCUGAAGGCUCUCACAAAGACUUUAGAGUGUUCCUAACAGCUGAACCAACUCUUAAUCCAGUUAUUCCACAAAGUAUUCUUCAAAACUCUAUUAAGAUCACAAACGAACCACCUCAAGAUCUCUCAGCAAAUCUCCACAGAGCCCUUUCGAACUUUUCUCAAGAAUUCUUUGAGUCCUCAAUCAAGCAAAGCGAAUUCAAGACUAUAUUAUUUGCUCUCUGUUUCUUCCAUGCAGUUGUAUUGGGUAGAAGAAAGUUCGGCUCUCAAGGAUGGAGUAGAAACUAUAGUUUUAACAAUGGAGAUUUGACAAUCAGUGCAGACGUCUUGUAUAACUACUUGGAAACCAAUGAUGCCAUUCCAUGGGAAGAUAUCAGAUAUAUCUUUGGUGAAAUUAUGUAUGGUGGUCAUAUUACUGAUCACUGGGAUAGAAGAACAUGUACAACCUAUCUCAAAUGUUUACUUAAAGAACAAUUAUUCGAUGAAACAGAGUUAGCCCCUGGAUUUAAUGCUCCACCUUCAAUGAACACUCUUGAUGAAUACCAUGAAUUUAUCAAUGAAAAACUUCCAGCAGAAUCCCCAUUGCUGUUUGGCCUGCAUCCAAAUGCUGAAAUUGACUUUUUGACAAACCAAUCUGAAAGUUUAUUCAAAGCCAUAAUCAAGAUUAGAGGUGAAAGUAGUAAUACAUUUGUUAGUGAUCAUGUUGAAGAUACACUUGCUCUCCAAAUCGAUGAAUUAUACAAUACCCUCCCUGAAAACUUUGAUUUGGAUGAAAUCUCUGGAAAGGCUGAUAAGAAGAUACCAUUCGUUGCUGUCUGUUUGCAAGAAUGUGAAAGAAUGAACAUCUUACUCAGUGAGAUUAAGAAUUCAUUGACAGAAUUGAAGAUGGGUCUGAAUGGUGAAUUGACAAUGUCAGAGCAAAUGGAUAAGUUGAAAAAGAGCUUGUCUUAUGACCAAGUUCCAGCUCGUUGGGAGAAGGUUGCAUAUCCAUCUGUUAAACCAUUAUCCCUUUGGUUUGAAGAUCUUAUUAAGAGAGUGAGACAAUUAGAAGAAUGGAGUUCAGAGCUGACUCUCCCAAAGGUACUUUGGUUAUCAGGUCUUUUCAAUCCGAUGGCUUUCUUGACAGCCAUUAUGCAAACAUCUGCCCGUAAGAAUGGUUUCCCUCUUGAUAGAAUGUGUAUUCAAACAGAAGUCUUGAAAAAGACCAGAUCUGAAAUUCAACCUGUACCUCCAAGAGAUGGUUGUUAUGUUGAUGGUUUUAUUUUAGAAGGUGCAGGAUGGGAUAUCAAGAGCAAUGUUCUCAAAGAUAGUGACCUUAAAGUUCUUCAUUCACCAAUGCCAGUCAUUCACAUCAAAGCUGUUCCAAUUGAUAAGAGAGACACAAAGAAUAUUUAUGAAUGCCCUGUCUAUGUUACUCCUCAAAGAGGUCCAACCUAUAUCUUUACUGCCCAAUUAAAGACCAAACACGAUGUAUCCAAAUGGGUAUUAGCAGGAGCUUGUUUACUCCUACAAACAUACAAAUAA